GACCAAUAAAGUAGCACACCUCGGUGUCGCUUCUAGCCUCUUGCGUUGCAGCAGAAGCUCUUGGAAAUGGAGACGGGCGCCGUCCCCAACCCCUCUGAGAAAAGGGUCGCUGUUGUUACCGGAGGGAACAAAGGAAUUGGGCUCGAGGUAUGCAGGCAGCUGGCCUCCAAGGGCGUGGCCGUCCUCCUCACGUCGAGGGACGAGACGAGGGGCAAAGAAGCGGCGCGCCGGCUUCACGCCUCCGGGUUACCCGAUGUGGUGUAUCACAAGCUGGAUGUCAGCGAUCCAUCGAGCGCUGCCUGCCUGGCUGAAUUUGUCAAGAACAAGUUCGGCAAGCUAGACAUAUUGAUCAACAACGCAGGGGUUAUAGGUGCAACUGCACAGAUUGACACCACGGCACCACUUAAGGAUGUGCUUGUAGGCAAGAAUGCAACGGAGAGGCUCCAGUGGUUACUAGAGCACUCCACGGAGACCUAUGAGGAAGCUGAAGAAUGCUUGAGAAUAAACUACUUCGGCACCAAAUACGUCACGGAAGCACUCCUCCCUCUCCUUCACGCCUCCUCCGAUGGAAGACUUGUCAACGUGUCGUCCAACUACGGAUUACUCCGAUAUUUUAGCAGCGAGGACCUGAAGCAAGAAUUGAACAACAUCGAAAAGCUGACAAUAGUGAGGCUAGAUGAGAUGUCAAGAUUGUUCUUGUGUGACUACAAGAAUGGCCAAUUGAAAUCGCAUGGAUGGCCUGCUGAUGCAGAGUACUUGGCCUACAAGGUGUCCAAGGCUUUGAUCAAUGGCUACACGAGAAUAAUGGCAAAGAAUUUCCCGGCGUUGCGCGUCAACUCCGUGCACCCUGGUUAUUGCAUGACUGACAUCAACUACCACUCUGGAGAACUGACGGCAGAGGAAGGUGCCGGUAGCAUUGUCAUGGUGGCCCUCUUGCCUGCAGGAGGACCAACAAGUGUGUUCUUCUACCGCUAUGAAGUUGCACCAGUUGUGUAACUCUUUGAAUGCCGAAAUUGGAGACUCUCACUUUCGGCAGAGCCUGAUGGAAAUUAAAUCCCUCAUCUUUAGUUGCUUUAGGAUUCGGGUUUGCAAUUGUUGCAGAACAGGCUUUCAACAAAACAGACAAGCAUCCAUGUUCUGUUGAUGCUAUAAAGUCUCUACAAGGCCUUACUGCUUACUAUUCUCCAUACUAAGCAAUACAUAUGGACGGCUCAGACUCGCUCAUUUUCGUCAUGGGAUUGCAGCUUA